AUGGGUCAUUUGUCGCUGCUUCUUUUGGUGGUCGCGCCGAUGGUUCUAAUCUCCCAUGCAGCACAGAAAGCUGUGAGUCAUUUGUUCUGUUUAAUGAAGUCUUCUAGACCUCUCGCUCUUUCAUGUUGCUGUCAAAGACAAACAGAGACGAAAGAGAUAUUUCAUAGUCCAAUCUAUUACCUAUAGAGGUCGCUCAUAAUGUAGAAAGAGCCGAAAUGAUAUCAUGCAAUAAGCACUAACAAGCAUCUAACAUUUGAAUUUUCUGAUCUUUCAGAGUUACACUCUAAAGUUGGUCUCCAGAGAUGGGAAAAAUUAUAACGAACGGAUUCAAGUUGACGCUGGGAGAAGACUUGAAACUUCUCAGGUUCGAGAAGCAUCAACUGGUAAAGACGCGGGGGAUACCAUCUACGAUUUCCAAAGGGUGGGUACAUGAACACUGCUAACAGUUUUCAAUGGUGCCAAAAAAAUCAUAGACUGCUGGCAGUCCGCAUUUUCUCUUAAAAUCCAUCGUUUUCUUAUCCCGGCUACCGCGCUUGCGUGCGCGCGAUGGCGCGUAAUGUCCUUAAUGUCCUUCUUCAAAACGCUGAAAUUAGGGCGCUGAUAGCCAAUUAGAUUAGAGAAUUUUGUCCCAAGACAGUCACUUUGCUAUAGGCGAUUGCCUCCAAAGUUUUUUUUAUGUGCGGCUUAGGAAAAUUAUGCCCAUCAGUCUAUAUCUUAAAACACGGCAAUUUUCCGACUUGUUUAGAAAAGCUGUUAAAAAUAUUUGCGUCUUGUAUCAUUCUCAUUUUUUUGCAGAAUUUGGUGAUGAACCGCUUGCCAGAGGCGAAAUCCUGCUUUUUGAGUCAAUCGACUGGAAAUGCUCCCCGGCCAAAGGAAUUAAUGAGACUUCUAAAUGUGGUAAGUAUUUUCUGUAGUCAUGCAUCUCCUCGCGUGCUUCCACUCCUUUCGCGGCGCGCACAUCUCCUCAUACUUCCAGCCGCAGAAAAAUUUAUGGGUAGUUGGAAACCUCAUGAUUAUUACACAACGCACUUCUGCCCUGAUAGAGAACCAUUUAAUUUAGAAAAAUGCGAAACUCGGAGAGCCAGUUGUGUAAGGAAAACAGUAUAUAUGGGUUUAGCAUCGAAGUACAUUGAUUAAACCCUGUUAGCUUUUAGAUAAUUAGCAAUGCUAGGUAAAGUACCUUUAAAAUAACCGAUAUCGGCAUUUUGCCCUUGAUGGUGUAGUCGAUAUGGAUGUGGAUAAUAACUCAAAUUAUCUGGGUUCAAGCCUUACGUACUCCGUUUUCGUCCUUCUUUUAUUCACUACUUUUUUAUUUUAAGUGACGAUUGCAGCCUGAUUUGGGGGUAUCCAUUCUAGUCACAGCCCAAAUUUAUGUACCCGUGGCCGAGAUAGUGAGGAAUAAGCCAAACAAAAGUGAGGCUUUUAUUUGUUUUGAAGCACUUUUGUUCAAAAUACCCAAUAAACGUCUGGUAUGAUACAUCUUUUUUACAAUGAUUUGGUAUUUCAGAGAAGUGGUAAUCUUGUACCGCCAAAACACGGAAAAUCCGACAAACCAAACACACCUCAAAGUAAAUAAACGUAGCCAGUGCCAAGCGAGUGACGCGCACGGGCAAUGCAGGUAAAGACUUCGUGUAGACGUCUCUUAUCCCCUUUGCUUCAGACGGCUGUGCGCAGGCUAAGCGCGUACUGAUUGGUUUGAAAAAUUAGCGGGAAAUGUUUCCGCCAAUCACAAAUCAUGAUGAUGCAAACUAAAGUAAUCACGCACUUUCCCAGUAAUAGUUUAGAUACUCGAUCAAAAACGUCUCAAAAUAACGACAGGAGUUCUAAGUAUUUCCCUUUUAAGGCUAGCUGCACCAGGUCAACCUAGCUAAACUUCACGUGAGGUGAUCUUAUAGAUGUACAGACGUAAAUACGUUUGGUAAUUGGCUAAAUAAAGUGACGAUAAAAAAUGAGUUUGGCGACUGUCUCUACGACUGUCUCACAACCCAACAUUUGCAAGCUUUAGAGAUCUGAGACGGAUCGUCUGCCUACGGCAACAGGUCUAAGGCCGAUUCCUUCUUUCAAGUAAAGUCAUAAGGAUUUGUGCAACACUUAUCAGGAAGGGGGCUGUUAAACCAGUUGGGGGUGUUCCAGACGCAGUUGUCGAAAAACUUUACAUUACCAAAGGAGUGAAUAAAUGUAAAUAUAACUCAAAGGGGGGGUCGUCAUAAUUUUCAAGUGACCAGAAAGGGGAGUACAGCUAUUUUGCCUUUGUUGGCAGGGGUGCUACGUAAUAUUACUCUGUGUAAGGCUCAUUUUUCAGCCCCACUCCUGAUUAUUACUGCACAGUCCCUAAUUACGCUAACUUCAAACUUUUUAACCCUUUUGUUUAGCUGAGUAAAGCCGACGUAAAAAUAGCGCCUCAGACCGUCGAAACUUACAAGGUUGUCGGCAAACUACAAGACCGAUCAAUUUUGAGCACAGAGAUGGCGGAUCUAUGUGCAAACCUGCCAAUUUACCGUGUUACCAAGGGAAGACUGAGUCAGGAUGAUACAAAGGAACUGUGGGACGAGGAAGAAGCUUAUGUCGCUGAAAUGCCAUUGGAAGGUGAGGAAAAAAAUGAACUGCACAGACUAGAAAUGUGAGGCGGAAUUACUGUAGGGGGUAAAAACCACUUGGCCAUGGUAAAUUGGAAUUGAAGGAUGUUGAACGGGUCACACUUUUGCCGGGGUAAAAGGAAACGUAACGCAAGUUGGAAUUGACUAACUUGAAAAAAAACAAGUUAUUUGCAUAAUUUGCUCAAUCAUUCAGUCAUACCAGCAUUACACCCCGUGCAAUAAUUCAGACUGGAAUGAGAUUUUCUCUGUAGACUCUGUACAUCAUUUAACGCCAGUGUGAUGCGUCCACAUAAAGAAGUCCAUUCUAGCAAUUUUAAUAAAAUAAGGAAAGGAAAUAAAAAUUGCAAAAAGACUGCAAACAGUCGUUAUAUUUUUCUCAAAAUCGGUUUCAGUUGAGGAGCAAAGUGUUAGCGUCGCGUGCCCACAAAGAUUAUAGGGUUCACGCGCCCGUAAGAGUUCAUCACAACAAAUACUCCUACCCAGCGUUUAUUUGAAUUACUUUGUAGGAUCCAGAAAGCGAAGAGGACUUUGCCGCAGGGUUUGUAAUGCAUAUUGCUGGUACGAGUGUAGCUGGCGUGGUUGCUCUAGGAAAUGCAGAGACGUCUGCAAAUUGAUUUGCUAA